CGGGGCUUGGGCGGUUGGCUGCCUCGGCGGCGCUUCCUAGUGGCGAGGGCGCCAUGGCGCUCCCCUGGUCCCAGCGCUUCGAGCUCUUGCUUUUUACAGCGGCCUUCCUGUGCGGGGCCGUGGCGGCCGCGACGCUGACCCGGACCCAGGGCUCCUUCCAUGGCCAUUGUCCCCUGUAUGGUGUGACCGCCCUGAAUGGCUCCUCCCUGGCCUUAUCCCAACCUUCGGCCCCAUCCCUCUGCUACUUUGUGGCUGGGGUCUCUGGCCUCCUGGCCCUCUACUGCCUCCUGCUUCUGCUCUUCUGGGUCUACAGCAGCUGUAUCGAGGACUCCCACAGAGGCCCUGCAGGGCUCCGCAUCGCACUCGCCAUCUCCGCUAUAGCCACCUUCCUGGUCUUAGUGUCUGCCUGCAUCCUUCGAUUUGGCACCCAUUCUCUCUGCAAAUCCAUCGUCUCCCUGAACUUUACAAUUAGCUGCUCUGAAGCCCAGACAAUUUCGUGGACACCCCCUGGAACCGCUCUGAAGUUUUACUCCAACCUACACGAUGCUGAAACCUCUUCCUGGGUGAAUCUGGGAUUGUGGUCUGCGGUCUUGAUGCUUCAGGCGGUGCAGUGGAAGUCGGAAGCCACACCGUAUCGGCCUCUGGAGCGGGGGGACCCCGAAUGGAGCUCUGAGACAGAUGCUCUUGUUGGGCCACGCCUUUCUCGUUCGUGAAGAGUAACCCGAAAAUCCUUCUGGCAGCCAGACUCCGUGCCCACGUGCCUACAGUCCUCUUGCCCCCGCGUGGCCCUGUUUAUACCGGAGCUUGUUUUUCCCUCCAGGAGGGAAACCUGACCAUGGGCUCCCUCCACCUCUCUUCCUACAGCUGUUUUUGUACCAAAACAUUAUAUUAUUUUCUUCCUUCAUCUUGGUACUGAGCUCUUGGUGUUGAAAGCACUGUAGGCAGGUGGAUCGGAGGACGGGCGGAGUGAAAGCCAAACAGACACGGAACGAAAAGAGGUAGUGUCAGCUGGCCCUGGGACGGCCGCUCUUCUAUUUGUUGUCAGUGACCCCCCCCCAUCUCCGAGGUUCGGCUUUCAUUCCCCUCUGGGAGGGGCGAGCCGUCGGAGGUGGUUUCUUCACAAGCUGCGGUAGGCACCCACAGUGUGGUCAAAGAGCUUCGAGUUGGGGAAAUGCCCGGCUUUGUCCAGGAGGAAGUAGAAGCGCCGGCCUUUGAUCUUCAGAGGCAACAUGGCCGGGACUUCACCGCGGUGGGCCAUGCAGGACACGUGGCUCAAAGGAACGGUGAAAUGGGCACCCAAGCCAAAGGGGGCGUGAGUGGUGAGGGCCACCUGCUUGCCUCCAGCCAGCAGCAUCACCGAACGCACCGAACGCAGGGAGAAGAGGAGCCCGGCACCAAGUACCAGGGUGCCUGCGGGGAGAGCGAAGUCUGGGGUGAAGGGUUUCCGCUGGAGAGCUAAGCAGGAACUUUCCCAGUGCCCCCGAAUUAAAAAAGAUACUGUGAUGAUGGGAACAUGUUU